AUUGGCUGUCGCGAGAAGACCCGCCCCCGAACCGAAGACGUAGCGAUGGGCGGGCCCCGGGGCUGCGCAGUGCGAGCGGGCCGCGGAGGUGAAUGGCAGCGUCCGCCUCUCGCUCCGCCGCCCUGCGCCGCCCGCGCUUGCUGUUGCUGCCGCAGCUCCCGGGGGCCGCCCGGCCCGGCCCGCGGCCGCGCCUGUGCUCCUCGGGGCCGCUCAUCAUGCAGCCGCCGCCCGCUGCUCGCGGCUGGCUCUCGGGCCUGCGCUUCGACAACCGCGCCCUGCAGAUGCUGCCCGUGGAGGAGCCGCCGCCCGGCGGAGACCCGGCCCCUCGGCCCGUGCCGGGCGCCUGCUUCAGUCGCGUCCGGCCCUCUCCGCUACGCGAGCCGCGUCUCGUAGCGCUGUCCGCCCCAGCGCUGGCGCUGCUCGGACUGGGCCCGCUGCCGCCGCCGGCGCCGCCCGGUGCCGGACCCGAGAGAGAAGAGGAGGUGGAGGAGCAGAAAGAGGAAGCCGAGGCCGGGGGAGCCAUCUCCCGCCGCCGCCGCCCCGCCUCCGGGGCCGAGGCCGAGGCGGAGCUGUACUUCAGCGGCAACGCGCUGCUGCCCGGCUCUGAGCCCGCAGCGCACUGCUACUGCGGCCACCAGUUCGGCAGCUUCGCGGGGCAGCUGGGCGACGGCGCCGCCAUGUACCUGGGCGAGGUGCUGGGCCCGGACGGGCAGCGCUGGGAGCUACAGCUCAAGGGCGCCGGCCUCACGCCUUUCUCCAGGCAAGCCGAUGGCCGGAAAGUCCUGCGCUCCAGCAUCAGGGAGUUCCUGUGCAGCGAAGCCAUGUUCCACCUGGGCAUCCCCACGACCCGGGCGGGCUCGUGCGUGACCUCCGAGUCCAAAGUCAUCCGGGACAUUUACUACGAUGGCAACCCCAAGUAUGAGAACUGCGCGGUGGUGCUGCGGAUAGCCUCGACUUUCCUGAGGUUUGGCUCUUUUGAGAUUUUUAAGCCCCAAGAUGAACACACAGGGCGCAAGGGCCCCAGUGUGGGCCGGAAUGACAUCCGGAUCCAGAUGCUCGACUAUGUCAUUGGCAGUUUUUACCCAGAAAUCCAGGCGGCCUUUGCAGAAGACAGCGUGCAGAGGAAUGCAGCCUUCUUCCGCGAGGUCACUCGGCGCACGGCGAGGCUGGUGGCCGACUGGCAGUGCGUGGGCUUCUGCCAUGGCGUGCUCAACACAGACAACAUGAGCAUCGUGGGACUCACCAUUGACUAUGGGCCCUUUGGGUUCAUGGACAGGUACGACCCCGACCACAUCUGCAACACCUCGGACACGGGGGGCCGCUACGCCUACAACAAGCAGUCCGAGGUGUGCAAGUGGAACCUGCAGAAGCUGGCCGAGGCCCUGGUGCCCGAGCUGCCCCUGGAGCUCAGCGAGGCCAUCCUGGAGGAGGAGUACGACUCUGAGUUCGAGAGGCACUAUUUGCACAAGAUGAGGCAGAAGCUGGGUCUGGUCCGGCUGGAGCUGGAGGAGGACCGGGAGCUGGUGUCCGCCCUUCUGGAGACCAUGCACUUCACAGGGGCAGAUUUCACAAAUACUUUCUACUUACUGAGCUCCUUCUCGGUGGCCCUGGAGCCCAGCCAGGACGCCCACUUCCUGGACCAGCUGGCUCAGCAGUGCGCCUCCUUGGAAGAACUGAAGCUGGCCUUCAGGCCGCAGAUGGAUCCCAGGCAGCUCUCUAUGAUGCUCAUGCUGGCUCAGUCCAAUCCGCAGCUCUUUGCUUUAAUCGGAACCAAGGCGAGCAUCAAUAAGGAACUCGAGCGCAUCGAGCAGUCCUCCAAGCUGCAGCACUUAUCGCCCACCGAGCUCAUCAGCCGAAACCGGGAGCACUGGGAGACAUGGCUCCAGAGAUACAGAGCCCGGUUGGAGAGAGACGCGCAGAGCACAAGUGGCCCGGACACGUGGGGCGUGGAGCGCGUCAGAGUCAUGCGCUCCAACAACCCCAAGUACGUGCUGAGGAACUACAUCGCCCAGAACGCCAUCGAAGCGGCGGAGCAGGGAGACUUCUCAGAGGUGAGGAGGGUGUUGAAGCUGCUGGAGAAGCCCUACUCUGAGGACUGGGAGGCGGCCCUGGACACGGCCCUGGACAUAGAGGCCGCAAGUCCAGCAGAGGCCGCGCAGAGCGGGGAGGCCUCAGGCGGCAGCCGCCCAUCCUACAGCAGAAAGCCCCCACUCUGGGCCGCAGAGCUGUGCGUGACGUGAUCUUCGUAACCGCCUUGGGGGUCUUUUCCCACCAAGGCUGCUCUGGGCACGCUGAGCCCCUGAAACGGGCCAUUGGGCAGCUUUGGUUGGUCCCACCACACCUCAGCCCCCUCUGGUCUUUUCUCCAUGAAGGCAAAGACAUCCAGUCAGUUCUGACCUGUCUUUGUCUGAUGGCAGCUCAGCAGCCCAGCCCCCUGCACUUCCCUCUCUGGCUCCGUCGGAGCCCUCGCUUCCCCCUUUGCCUUUCUUUUGAAGCUUCACGGAAUGACAUUUAUUUCUGGUGGAUGCAGAUCUGCCUCUCGUGAGGGGACUUAAGACUGGAGAGGGGGACAGGACCCUCUACCUGCCCCGGAAGAGGGCAGCCCAGCCGCCACCUUCUUUACCUUCAGUUCCUUAGAAAGAGACACUUGGCCCACAACUAGGAAAGUAUGGCUAACCUCGGUGAGGGGAAGGGGGCCACCCCGGCUGCUUGCUCCUGUCCGCCCAACAGCCCCCCUCCAAUAAAUGGCUCAAGCUGACUGCCCCCCGACCUGGCCGGGGUGGGGAGCUGCCCGGGACAGCCCCACAGGGGUGCCGGAGCCUUUAUUAAGUGGCUAUUUACAGAGAAGAAAGUGAAUUCUAUUAUACAGCA